AGCGGACUUGUUCCAAUUGUUUCCCUUUCCCGCGUUCGCCUGACUCAAACAUCACUACACCAUAACAUGACUGUCUAGCGUACCGACCGUUGGGGAUCGAAUAUCGAACGAUACUUGCGUGUGGACGCCAGCUCAAACACAAGCUACGCACCGCUGCCACUUCUCAACGCCUGAGGCAGGACACCAGCAGUCGUCGACGCCAUCAUCACCAUGGAUUACUUCCGUUCUAAACGCUCAAGCGCUCAUCAGCCCAUCGAGGAUGAACGUCCGGCCAAACGCAUAUCUACGCCUGCAGGCCAGCGCUUGUCUAUUGUUCUAGAGGCCAGUCACCUGCGAAGUAAAUCUACCAAGCCGGAGCCGAAGUCGAAGAUAGAAGUCACCACGACAAGCACAUACUGUAACGAUCCGACACAUCAGCAUAUCGGUCCAACAGUACACGUUCACGAACAACGAAAGCCUGGCUUCCUGUCUGUGCUGACCGGCGGGAGGCUGGGCGAUACGCCGCGCGAAAGUAUGGAGGAUCAGAGUCAUAAUGGAAGUAAUCUAAGUGUCAGCGUGUGGAGUGAAUCGCACACUCCAAGGAGCGAAAAGUUCAGCCAGUUCAAGCCUGAGGUCAAAAGAAAGAGAUGGGGUUGGAAGAGACUGGCAGUCAUAGGUGCUCUGGUGGUCGCACUCAUUGUAGCAUUGGCCGUAGGCCUAGCCGUGGGUUUGAGGAAGAAGUCUUCGACCGAUGGCCCAUCUCCGACGUCGACUACGGGUGCCGGCUCACAGCCUGAUAGUACAGAGACCGACAGGCCGCCCACGCCGUCCUCCACGCUCACUCCAUCCGCUGUGCCAUCAGGUUUCCCUCUUGGGGCCUACUCCCUCGUCACCUUUCUCGAUACCGUAGCCACGGAUUGUACAAGCAAUAACGCGACUUGGACAUGCGCACCAUAUACCGACUACUAUUCGGAUCCUCAAAAGGCUCUUGCAGUCAUCAACUGGGAGAUCACUGGAUCCGCGGGAUCAUACAAGAUCUCGUCGAAGGACACGUCUGAUCUCUACAUGACCUUUCAGAAUGCGCCGCUGGUUCUGAUUGAUAAGGAUAAGGAUACAGAACGAUACCGCUUCCAGAUCAGCCGGACAAAGACGGUCAACAUGACGGGGAGCAUUGGCAAUACCAAAGGCGACUUUGAGUGCGACUACGGUGCGACCAAUCUACAGGCUUAUCUCUACACCAAGAUGCAAAGGACAUACCCCGAUGAAACGAUCAGUGUGCCAAACACCCCUAACACUGUAUGGCCUUACGCUGUGCGUGUCGAGCAAGCAGUAGGAGGUGGCGAGAAUGUCCCUUCCUGCAGUAAGCUAUCGGGUGAGAAAGUCACCAACGGCAUCAGGGCGCAAGACGCGGGAAACCUCUGCUCUUGCUUGUACAAGAACUGGACACCAGAACGAGCACCGUGAUCUAGGGUACCACCCGUUUUACAUCCGCUUGGCGUUUAUCUUCUUCAGCAUCUGCAUCAGCAUCAUCACCGGCGCCUUUUUAGAGAUAUCCAUAUUCACUAGCUAUUUCCUAUUGUCACUCGUUUCCCGAUUCAUUGCAGCGUUCAAGCCAGUCGAAA